GUCUUUGUGUUUCCUGGACGUGGAGUUCACGCGGUCCCCCGGAGUUCCACGCUUAAAGUUGUGCCUGGGGUUCAGCCAGGGGAGGAUGUGGCCGGAAGUCCUGCCACUUUAGUGGAAGGGAAGGAAGACACAGAAGGAUGGCUAAAGUUUGUGCAGAGAUGCAAGGAGACGUAGGCCCCAGUGCUUCUCUGAUUGACAGAACCAUCAAGAUGAGGAAAGAAGCAGAAACUAGGAAAGUGGUUUUAGCCUGGGGGCUCCUGAAUGUCUCCAUGGCUGGAAUGAUAUAUACUGAAAUGACUGGAAAGUUAAUUAGUACAUAUUAUAAUGUGACAUACUGGCCCCUCUGGUAUAUUGAACUUGCCCUGGCAUCUCUCUUCAGUCUUAAUGCCUUAUUUGAUUUUUGGAGAUACUUCAAAUAUACUGUAGCACCGACAAGUCUGGUGGUCAGCCCCGGGCAGCAAGCGCUGUUAGGGCUGAAAACGGCCGUCGUGCAGACUACACCUCCCCGGGAUCUGGCAGCCACCCAAGUCCCUCCCUCGCCACCUUCCCCUUCAAUCCAGGGUCAGAGUGUAUUGAGUUAUAGCCCGUCUCGUUCCCCCAGUCCCAGUCCCAAGUUUGCCGCCAGCUGCAUGACUGGGUACAGCCCUCAACUGCAAGGUCUGUCGUCAGGUGGCAGUGGUUCCUAUAGCCCUGCUGUGACCUACUCUCCACUCAGUGGUUAUAAUAAGUUGGCAAGCUUUAGUCUGUCUCCUUCUUCUCCAUACCCUACCACCGUGGGCCCAGUGGAGAGCAGUGGGGUGAGGUCUCGCUACCGUUCUUCCCCCACGGUCUAUAACUCACCCACUGACAAAGAAGACUACAUGACAGACCUGCGCACUCUGGACACUUUCCUCAGGAGUGAGGAGGAGAAGCAGCACAGAGUCAAGCUGGGGAGCCCAGAUUCCACCUCCUCUUCCACCAGCCCUACCUUCUGGAAUUACAGUCGUUCUGUGGGGGACUAUGCACAAACCUUAAAGAAGUUUCAAUAUCAGCUGGCCUGUAGGUCUCAGGCCCCAUGUGCUAACAAAGAUGAAGCUGAUCUCAGUUCUAAGCAAGCUGCAGAAGAGGUCUGGGCGAGAGUCACUAUGAAUAGACAGCUUCUUGACCACAUGGAUUCAUGGACAGCCAAGUUUAGAAAUUGGAUCAGUGAGACAAUAUUAGUGCCACUUGUGCAAGAGAUCGAGUCUGUCAGCACUCAGAUGAGACGGAUGGGCUGUCCUGAGCUACAGAUAGGAGAGGCAAGUGUUACCAGCUUGAAGCAAGCUGCCCUGGUCAAAGCUCCUCUCAUCCCAACUCUGAAUGCAAUUGUGCAGUAUUUAGACCUAACACCAAAUCAGGAGUACUUGUUUGAAAGAAUCAAAGAACUUUCUCAGGGAGGCUGUAUGAGCUCGUUCCGCUGGAACAGAGGUGGAGACUUCAAAGGGCGCAAGUGGGAUACAGACCUGCCCACUGAUGCUGCUAUCAUCAUGCAUGUGUUUUGCACCUACCUUGACUCCAGACUACCUCCACACCCUAAGUACCCCGAUGGGAAAACAUUCACUUCUCAACACUUCGUUCAGACACCAAAUAAACCAGAUGUCACGAAUGAAAAUGUGUUUUGUAUUUACCAGAGUGCAGUCAACCCUCCACAUUAUGAGCUAAUCUAUCAGCGUCAUGUUUACAACCUUCCAAAGGGCAGAAAUAACAUGUUUCAUACAUUGUUGAUGUUCCUGUACAUCAUAAAGACCAAAGAGUCGGGGAUGCUUGGGAGAGUUAAUCUUGGGCUCUCUGGUGUGAAUAUUUUAUGGAUUUUUGGAGAGUAGUUCAUCAUUUAAUCCCAAACAUUUGGAUUUUGGCUCUAAUUGGCCUGGAAGAAGUUGAAGCUAAGCAUCUCCAAGGAAGCACCUCUUCUGAAAUAGGAUGUGUGCUUUGCAGACUUGUUAGAUGUAACAAGAACAAGCUAUUAGGAAUCUUCUUCUGACAUAACAACGCCCGUGUCUUCUACCCCACGAAACGUUGACUCCAUUGGAUGACUCUAGAACUGCAGCCCCGGGGUGUGAACUAGUGCAGUCCCCUUGACUUGGUGAGGCCAGGACUCCUCUCCACUGUAACCCCAGUGAGAACCAACCCUGAACAAACUGUUAUUUCCUUGUUGUGUGGGAGUGUGAGUACUCACAGUGAACCUUGCUAGUUUUCUUUGUUGUGUCUCUAGAUUUCCCCAGUGUUCUACAAGUCAGCCGAAAGCUGAAAUGAAAUUAAUUUCUCAGUGAUGUAGUAAUUAAUCCUGCUGAGCCCUUUUCCCCAGCCCCCAUUGGUUUUUUUAAUAUUAAAAGAGAUUUGAUAAUAUUGGCAUCUUGAAAGGUCACACUUGCAUUAAAUUUAGCUGAUAAAAUUAAACUUUGGGUUUUAGUUAAAUGUCUAAGGACGUCAAGAAAACUGUUACUACUUCGGUUAGCACCUCUUUCUUGCCCAUUGGGGCAAGAGGGCACGCAUGUGUGUAGGCGUCUGUCUGUGUGUUUGUGUCUGUCUGACUGCCUGACUCUGUGUGUGUGUGUGUGUGUGUGUGUCUGUGUCUGUGUCUGUGUCUGUCUGUCUCUGUGUGUCUGUGUGCUGGGGCAUGAACCUGGGUCCAUUCUACCACUCCCUUCUUUAAGAUCCCAGUAUUGGCCUUCCCAUUUCUGGUUUUCAGGUGGAGGAUAGAGGAUUGCCUCUCCAUCUUUUCUUCCUAUAUGUAGAUGAAGUAAUUAGUGGUCACACGUGUCUUUAAAGAUGGCUUCCAUCACCUGUGUUUAAACAGGUGACGGGUGCAUCCCAUUUUGUGUAGUUUGGAUUUUUUUUAAAAGUCAGAGGGUUGACCUGAGCUUAAAAGGUGAUGCCGUUGCUCUUGGCCUCAUGGCCCAGGGCCGCCUCUCCAUCGGCGUCUCCUCUCUCGCCCUCCCUCCCUCCCCUCCCCUCUCACGGUCUGCUUUAGUCUGCUGGCCAUGUUCAGCCUGGACUCUUCACUCUGCCAGCCUUCUCCCUUAUAUCUAAAAUUUUCUCCAUACUUUAAAAAAGAAAGAAAGAGGGGUUGGGGAUUUAGCUCAGUGGUAGAGUGCUUGCGUAGCACUCAGCUCCGAAUAAACAAACAAAAAGAAAGAAAGAAAGAAAGAAAGAAAGAAAGAAAGAAAGAAAGAAAGAAAGAAAGAAGAAAGGAGCUGUCACCUCGCUGCGCUCGAUAAGUGUUAACACCCCAUGAAAGAAAAUAAUCACUGAACUCACUGAACAUAAGGACAUAUUACAAUGUAAAUCUGUGAUUUUGAGAGAGAUUGAAGGUACCAUGGAAUCAGCUGCUGUACUAUAAAGGAUACGACUGCGUAGACGGUACUAAAAUCUCCAGAGAAUUUUAACAGUGCAUAAAACACCACCAACCUUUGAUUUUAUUGUGACCAUCAAAAAAUACAAUAUAGUAAAUAUAUGUAAAAAUACUUGACUGUGGAAAGGAAAAGUUGUCUACAUACUUAGUGUGGGUUGCUGUAGAGUUCUUCCAGCAACUUCUUUACAAGUGUUGGAUUGCGCUGUACUUAAUAAUACCUUUAUUUAAACAGAGUCCGUAAAGACAUGGUGAGAUAGGCCAGGAACCUCAGCUGCUCAUGAGGAUGAGGUGAGAGGAUCAUUAGUUCAAGACCAAACUAGGCUAGUAAUAAUCUUGCAUAAAUGUAAAACAAUAAAAGAAUAAUAAUAAUCUGCA